GGAAGAAGUGUCACAUGGCUUGUGGUGGGGGGGGGGAGAGAGAGAAGUUAGUGUGGGUCAUCACUUCAGCAUCUGUUUCUCCAUCUCACUCAGUUUUUCUGCUUCAAUCCUGACUGGUGCUGGAGGGAACUCCCCCCCCCACAUCCGCCCCAAUUUCCCGUUUCCAGUUACUGAUAAAAUGCCCCCUGUUGCAGCGGAGGUGCUUCAGUUCUUUUCAGAUGACAGAGACUCCCUGGAGAGAGAGGUGCUGAGUUAACACCCAGGACGAUCGGAUCCGAGCACAUAAGUUUUGACAAGACGGAUCUUAACAAAAACAGCAAGUAAGUUCCUCUUGUUGCAAAGUCUUUCUCUUUCUCUUUCUGGUGCUUCCUCUACGUACUUGCUUUCCUACCUCGCUCACAGGUAGCCCCUGAUCUGCCCCCCCCUUCCUUUUCCUUUUGUCCCCUCCCGGAGAAGAGCGCAAUCGAUGGAUCCGUUUCAACCUUUUGUCACCGGUUGGACGCCCAUGUUAAUACAGCCUAAAAACACGGGCUACCCAUUAGGAAAGGCGCAAACAAGAGCAAAUGGAAGGGAUGCCAGCGUGGUUAAAUCGAAGAGUCAAGAAAGCCGUACAAUGCAACAAGGCUUUCUUUAAGAAGUGAGUGUUUUGGGUGAUGACAAAGAGAGAGCACAAGCUCUGGCAAGCCAAGUGCAAACCUAGACUAAGGAGGUCUCUGAAGAACAAAGAAUUAAAGCUGUGAAACUGAAUAAUAAGGGAUGUUUAAAGUUCAGCAGAAGGGAAAUCAGACAGAGCAGCACUGGGAUUGUUACAGCCCUAAUCCUAAUCCAGGACCCUAAUCCUAAUGUCGACCCAGUGUGCGGCAGCUACAAAAAAGAAAAAAAAGAGAGAGGCAAAUUCCAUGCUAGGGUUCAUUAGGAAAGGAAUUGAAAACAAAACUGUCAAUAUCAUAACACCAUUAUUCAAAUCUAUGGUGUGAUCACAUUUGGAAUACAGUCAUUCCUUGGGUUGUGAAUGCUGCGGGUUGUGCGUUUUCGGGUUACGGACCGCGUCGAACCCAGAAGUACCAGAAUGGGUUACUUCCAGGUUUCGGCGCUCGCGCAUGUGCAUAAACACAGGAUCGUGCUUUGAGCAUGAGCAGAAGCGCUGAAUCACGUCACGCGCGUGUGCAGACACAGCGCUGCAGGUUGUGAACGUGCCUGCCACACGGAUCACGUUCGCAACCCGAGGUUGCACUGUACCGUGUACAGUUCUGGUUGUUUCACCUCCUUGUGACAUCAGGGUGCUGGACCAGAUGGGCCAUUGCGGGUUAUUCUUACGUUCUUUUGUUAAUUGCACUGCGAAAAAGGAACACCUGUAUUUUUUACUCUCUUUAAUCACCAAAUCUGGGUUUGAUGUUGACAUAAUACUGCAAAAUAGGAAAGGUAGUGGCUUUUUAAUAAAUCCCAGUAUCUAGGAGAUUAGCAAAUGGUAUAUAACCUCUUCUGCUUUGUAUAUCUCUCCAUACCACAGCAUGGCUGUGCGCUACCAUGUUUUAAGGCUGCAAUCUUGUGUGCUCAGUUGCUGAGAGUAAGGGCGCUACCAGACUUCUAUAUUCUUUGUUAUUCAUUCACAUCAAAUUUAGGCUGUGCAGUUAAAGCGGAUUUGAAGCUCUUGUGAAUCACACCCGCUUCCCCUAAAUAUCAAAUUUUUGGGGUAAGAAAAGUGUGAUAGCUCUUGAUUUGAUGCAACAUCCUCUAGUGUCUCCCCAAACAUAUCAGAGUGAAUGUCCAGUGGUGUCUAAUCUGUAAACAAAGGAAUUGAGAUGAGUGCCCCUCAGGCAGGUCCACAAAUUCUCAGUAGACAUGCACAGGAAUGCACUAUGAAUGACAAUAGCUUUCUAAUGCAAUCUUGGCGUGAGCAAUGAUUGUUUUUUCAGGGCGUGAUUAGAUAAAUAUGGGUGGAAUUCAACAUGCUAUACUGUAUUAAUGUUCUAUCUGCACAACCACAUCCACUUGCCAGACAGAAUGUCUCUCUCUCCCCCCUUCCCACUCACCCCUCAGAAACAAUUUUGUGGGAAAGUCCUGUUACACAAACAGAAGUCCUGGUGCAGGCCUUUCACUGACAGGUUUGUUAAGUGAAUUCUGCCCUGUGUAUCAAUAGAAAGGCAUUUUCACAAGGGACAUUUAAAAGGUCACUGGGUUUUUGUAUGAGUGUUUGUAAAUUUGAAGAACACACCCACCUACCCGAGUAUGGUAUCAAUUGAAAAACAACACACUGGGCAAGGUAUCAAUUUGAUUUUUUUAAUGGGUAAUUGGCUGGUUAGGCACAUUAGCUAGCUGGCAGGACAAAAAUCUUGGGUUGGUGGAGAAAUAGUUCCAUUUUCUAUGGGUGCUUCCAAGUGGCUGUUUAUUGUUGCUCAGACAUGCAAGUUUUUCACAGCAUCCACACAAUAUUGCCACAUUAUAUUGCCAUCCAUAUCUUUCCCCCACCAUUUAAUCAUUAUUUACCCCAUGCAUGGAAAUCCAGUGUUGUGGGGAGGGGAACUGCUGCCAGUGUCCCACGAUCUGCAGUAUCCAAGUGACCCAUUUGUAAUAUUAAACCCUCACCUAGAAGCAUUCUAUGCCUUAUUAGCAAUAUCUAGAAAUAAUUUGUUGGGGGUCUUUGCUGUUCGCUGAGGAGGACUCUCCUGUGUGAGGGUCUGAGGGCCCUGCUCUUGCCGCUUACCACCUACCUGGCCCGGGGCGGGGCCUGAAGCCUCACAGGGACUGCUACGCUCUGCUGCCCAGGAGGACUCCCCUGUGUGAGUGCCUGAGGGCCCUGCUCCUGGCACUCACCACCUGGCCCAGGGCGGGGCCUGACAGGCCUCACAGGGAUGGUUGCUGUCACUGCUGCUGCGGCCCAGGGGAAUCCGGAGGGGCGCAGAGUUCUUUUUAAAAUGUUUUAAAAUUUUCCUUUUCCUUUUUAUUUUUUAUUUUUUUUGUAUAUGCAGGGAUGGGGGUGGGAUGGAUGUUUAGUUGGGAAUUUGUUUGAUUUUGAUGGAUUUGUAAUUUUUACAGUUUUUUAUUUGUAUUGUUUUUUGUUUUCUGGGUUUUUUUAAUUAUUGUUUUAAGGUCUUAUUUUGUUCUUAAGGGGAGGGGUCAGGGCUGCCGGGGAGUGGGUCCCAGCCAACAAAAUGGCUGGGGCAUGUUCCACAGAGGGGGAUGCGCUGGGACAACCGAUCUCAGUGAUCACGGGUAGGAGGAGGAGUUACGCUAAGACCAGACUAUGUCAUUACAGAGGAGGCAGGUUUAGUCGUUGUCUGAGGACUAUCCCUGCCUCCGGGUCUGGUCCUGACUGGACGGAUACUAGAAUCAGCAAGGGAUACCCACAUGACCUGAAGGUGCUGCUGUGCAAUGCCAGGUCAAUGAUUCAUAAGACCACUGGUAUCCAUGACUUGAUCAUGGUUGGAGGACUUGACCUGGCAUGUGUAACAGAGACUUGGUUGGAUGAAGCAGAUGGGCCUGUUCUUGCCGCUGUUUGUCCACCAGGUUUCUCUUACGCACAGCAACCCAGGCCUUGUGGGCAGGGAGGGGGGGUUGCAGUGAUUUUUAGGAAGUCAUUAGUUUGCACCAGGCGUCCUAUUGGGAAGACCCAGUUCUCUGAGUGCAUGCUCUGGAAGUUGGGCAAUAGGGGCAGUACAGGAUUCCUUUUGGUGUACCGACCUCCCCGCUGCACCAAGGAUUCCCUGCCCGAGCUGCUUCAGGUCGUGGCGGAUGUUCUCCUGGAGACACCUAGUUUGGUUGUCCUAGGGGAUUUUAAUAUCCAUGCCGACACGACCUUACAAGGGGCCGCUCGGGACUUCGUGGAAAGCAUGGCCUCCAUGGGGCUGUCCCUGAAUAAGUUUGGCCCAACCCAUAGCCGCGGACAUGCCUUGGACCUGGUGUUUACCUCUAUGGAUGUUGGUGAUCUGACACUAAGUAAAAGCGAAACGAAAGAAGUGCCAUGGUCAGACCACUUCCUGGUGCAACUUGACUUCUCCGCGACCCUUCCCCUCUGCAGGGAGGUGGGACCGAUUCGGAUGGUCCGCCCCGCCACUUAAUGGAUCCAAAUGGUUUCCAGAGAGUGGUAGGGGAUGCUUUAUCCCAUGUUGAUGGCCUUUCAGCUGAUUCCCUGGUGGCCCGCUGGAAUGUGGAGCUAACCAGGGCUAUUGACUGUUUGGCUCUGAAGCGCCCUCUCCGAUUGCAUGGAGCCCGGACAGCCCCGUGGUUUUCCACGGAUCUGAGGGCAAUGAAACAAUCGUUGAGACGGCUAGAGCGCCGGUGGCGGAUGACCCAUUCUGAAGCUGACCGGACACAGGUUAGAGCUCAAUGUCGAGCCUACCAAGUGGCGGUAGCGACGGCGAAGAAGACUUUCUUCACCGCCUCUAUUGCAUCUGCAGAAAACAGCAGCAGGAGACUUUUUCAGGUGGUCCGCAAUUUAGCGGAACCACCUGCUACAUCGGGGCCCAGUACAGGCCACAUGAUCUCCUGCAAUGAUUUUGCAAAGUUUUUUGCAGAUAAAGUCGCUCAGAUUCGGGAAGAGGUAGAUGCCACCGUGGGAGCAGGGCCGGGGCGGGAGAGUGCUAGAGUCCUGUCUAGUCAAAUUGCAUGGGAUCAAUUCCAAUCUGUUACCUCCGAGGAUGUGGACAGGCUGCUUGGACGAGUGAAACCAACCACCUGUCUCCUUGAUCCUUGCCCAUCCUGCCUUAUAAAAGCUAGCCGGGAACGGCUGGGCGAUGGGCUCCGUGGGGUGGUGAAUGCUUCCCUCCGUGAGGGAGCCUUCCCAGACCCGCUGAAAGAGGCGGUUAUUAAACCGCUUCUUAAAAAACCAUCUUUAGAUGCGGCCACGAUGGCCAACUAUCGCCCAGUCUCAAAUCUUCCAUUCUUGGGCAAGGUGAUUGAGCGAGUGGUUGCUGAACAACUCCAGGCACGCCUGGAAGAAGCGGACCAUUUGGAUCCCUUCCAGUCGGGAUUCAGGCCUCAUCACGGGACUGAAACUGCCUUGGUCGCACUGGUUGAUGAUCUCCGGCGGGCUAGGGACAAAGGUGAGAGCUGUUUCCUAGUUCUGCUGGAUCUGUCAGCGGCGUUUGAUACCAUCGACCAUAACAUCCUUCUGGACCGUCUUGAGGGGCUGGGAGCUGGGGGCACUGUCAUACAGUGGUUCCGCUCCUUCCUCCUGGGCCGUGUUCAGAAAGUGGUGGGGGGGAUGAGUGUUCAGACCCCUGGGCUCUCACUUGUGGGGUGCCUCAGGGUUCUGUCCUCUCCCCCAUGCUUUUCAACAUCUACAUGCAGCCGCUGGGAGAGAUCAUCAGGGGGUUGGGCUGGGUGUUCAUCAGUAUGCGGAUGAUACCCAGCUCUACCUCUCUUUCAAAUCAGAACUAGUGAAGGCGGUGACGGUCCUGUGUGAGUGUCUGGAGGCGGUUGGAGGAUGGAUGGCGGCUAACAGAUUGAGAUUGAAUCCUGACAAGACAGAAGUACUGUUUCUGGGGGAUAGGAGGUGGGCAGGUGUGGAGGAUUCCCUGGUCCUGAAUGGGGUAACUGUGCCCCUGAAGGACCAGGUGCGCAGCCUGGGAGUCAUUUUGGACUCACAGCUGUCCAUGGAGGCACAGGUUAAAUCCGUGUCCAGGGCAGCUGUGUACCAGCUCCAUCUGGUACGCAGGCUGAGACCCUAUCUGCCUGCGGACUGCCUCGCCAGAGUGCUGCAUGCUCUGGUUAUCUCCCACUUGGACUACUGCAAUGCGCUCUACGUGGGGCUACCUUUGAAGGUAACCCGGAAACUACAACUAAUCCAGAACGCAGCAGCCAGACUGGUGACUGGGAGCGGCCGCUGAGACCAUAUAACACCGGUCUUGAAAGACCUACAUUGGCUCCCAGUACGUUUCCGAGCACAAUUCAAAGUGUUGGUGCUGACCUUUAAAGCCCUAAACGGCCUCGGUCCAGUAUACCUGAAGGAGCGUCUCCACCUCCAUCGUUCUACCCGGACACUGAGGUCCAGCACCGAGGGCCUUCUGGCAGUUCCCUCACUGCGAGAAGCCAAGUUACAGGGAACCAGGCAGAGGGCCUUCUCGGUAGUGGCGCCGUCCCUGUGGAACGCCCUCCCAGCAGAUGUCAAAGAGAACAACAACUACCAGACUUUUAGAAGACAUCUGAAGGCAGCCCUGUUUAGGGAAGCUUUUAAUGUUUGAUGUAUCACAGUAUUUUAAUAUUCUUUUGGAAGCCGCCCAGAGUGGCUGGGGAAACCCAGCCAGAUGGGCAGGGUAUAAAUAAUAAAUUAUUAUUAUUAUUAUUAUUAUUAUUGACAUCAUUUCAAAGAACACAAAAAAAGAAGCACAGAAGAAGUUGAAAUGUUACAUCCUAUUGGACUCUGGUUGUUUUUAAUAAGCACUGCAAUUUUUCAGGAAUGUGUGUUUGGAACAAACGUGGAAUAAAACUCUUUAGUAGUGAGACCAGAAAGGAGAGCAGUGCUCAGAGUCGAGGGGAAGGGGCUUCCUGGAAAAGAUAGUAGUAACGCAAGCAGAUCUGUGGUUGACCUUUUCCAGGUAAAUGUUCUCUCUAUCCCCAUGUUGUCAUCUCAUUUCCUCGCUUUCAGAUGAUGAACUUCCUCUACCUUCUGGGGCUCUUCCUGGCUGCCCUGCCAUGCCUUCAUGCGCGCUCUUCCUUGCGCUUCAUCGCUGUGGGAGAUUGGGGUGGGGUGCCCAAUGCUCCUUUCUACACAGCCCGCGAGGCAGCCGUGGCCAAUGAGAUGGGGCGUACGGCAGCUUCGCUGGGAGCAGACUUCAUCUUGUCCCUCGGAGACAACUUCUACUACAGUGGUGUGCAGGACGCCUACGACAAGCGCUUUCAGGUCAGGAGGUGGGGUGUGUGUGGAGAGGCUGGGGACUCCAUCAGGAGUCCUGGAAUAAGAUAAAGCUCAGAGUGCUGCUGUGUUAACUUGGACACAGCACACAGCCUACACAGUCCCAAGUUGGAGGCACUGGAGUUGAGUGCCAAAGGUAAAGGGACCCCUGACUGUUAGGUCCAGUCGCAGGUGACUCUGGGGUUGCGGCACUCAUCUUGCUUUACAGGCCGAGGGAGCCGGCGUACAGCUUCCGGGUCAUGUGGCCAGCAUGACUAAGCUGCUUCUGGCGAACCAGAGCAGUUCAUGGAAACGCCGUUUACCUUCCUGCCGGAGUGGUACCUAUUUAUGUACUUGCACUUUGAUGUGCUUUCAAACUGCUAGGUUGGCAGGAGCAGGGACCAAGCAACGGGAGCUCACUCCGUCACAGGGAUUUGAACCGCCAACCUUCUGAUCGGCAAGCCCUAGGCUCUGUGAAUCUCCCCCACCCCAAAUCCUGAAUUACCUACAUGAAUUUAUUUUAAAGUGUAUCCAAGGCACCACCAGCACACUUAGCAAUCCGCACUUUUAAGCAGAGGUUGGAUUGCUAUCUGUCUUGGAUUCUUUAGUUGAGAUUCUUGCAUUGUAGGGGGUUGGUCUGGAUGACCCUCAGCGUCCCUUCCAAUUCUACAGUUCUGCGAUUCUAUGAUUUAGAACCUCGCCCUUCAGGCAAACCGGCUCCUGGAGUGCCUGAUCAGAUCAAUAUAAGCUCCUGCUUCUGCCCUUAGGCUUACAAUCUAAAAGACAUAGCACAAAAGGAGAAAAUGGAGGGGGGGGGAGGGAAAAGCAAAUUUCAGGCACCACUUUUAUUUUAAUUUUUACUUCUUUUAUUAAAACGUUUAGAGAGUGUCAGUGAAAUGAAAUGUUGCUGUGGAAAUGGUUAUAUGUUAGAUAAGGCACAACUGAAAACCACGCCAUAUAAAUCUUCUCUUUCUUGAAUGCACAUACAUAUUUGGGCACUAUUCAAAAUAUCAGUAUUUUACUGGAGUUUUUCAGGCGCAUGCCAUAAAUUUAGGCUCAUACGAAGAGUGGAUUAUAGCUUUCUGUUGCCUUAACGCAACAAAUCCACGUUAAAAAAACACCUUUGUGUGGUUAAGGAAAGCAACAGGGAGAUUGCACUGAAAAGUGUGGGGUGGGCAAAUUAUAAAUGGGGAGGUGCAUAACCUUUGUACAAGCAAAGGAAGGAAGAGAGGCAUGGUCUAACCUUCAGCGUAAGCUCUCUGCAAGCAAAUCCGGAUGAAUGCGCAAUAAACAGAUUGUCCGGAGGAAUCCAUAAACAAAGGCGCUCCUUUUUCUGUUGCAGGAGACAUUCGAAUCAGUUUUCCAGGCACCCUCAUUGCGCAACUUGCCCUGGUAUGUGCUGGCUGGGAACCACGACCACUCGGGGAAUGUCACUGCACAGAUUGCCUAUAGCAAGAUCUCAAAACGUUGGUAAGACUCCACUGCUGUAAGGCCUGUGAUUUGUUCUUGUUGUUAGUUAAGGUGCAGAGAGUUACCAGGUGUGGAAAAGUUAGGGGACAGAUUUUGCGGGAGGAGGGGAAUGUCUUCCAGUGUCCUUGUCUGCAUCGUGGGCCCCCUAGUAUGUUCACAGCAGAAGUAGGAUUUGAUCUGUAGGCUUUGCAGCCGACACCCUUAGCCACUAGAGUACACCAGCUCUCUUUUUUGUAUAUUCUUAUUUAUUUUCAAGACUAAAAUCCAGGUGGAGAAUAAUAAGAAAUGCCUUGAUUACUACUGAUACCUGUCGUUUUUGAGUCAGUAACAGCUACUGCAAAGGUUGAUGAAUGCAUUACAUCAAGAAACAAUAGAACAAAUAACUAUUCCCCUCCCUCCAAAAAAAAUACUUUUUUUGUUAGCAGACCAUACACAGUGCAUCCUCCAUAAUGACACUUCAGCAAAACUCUACUAUAAGUGGAAGACGAUAAAUAAGAUCAGGGCAAUUGUUUACAUGACAAGAUAUAAAAGGAUAAGAUCAUUGCCAGUAAUGUGGUGAACAUGAUGGAAAUACCAUACCGAAACACAAAUACAGAUAUUAAGCAUUCCAAAUUUGUAUACAGUAUGAGGGAGGAUGCUGUGUAUUGUCUUCCCUAUUAACAUAAUUAAUAAAAGAGCUCCAAGUUGAAGUAACUUUGUCUGUCUUGUCGGUUUUGGAGUUAGUUUCUCCCUAAAUGCAAUAUACCACACUUUGUGGUACACCAGGUCUUAUUAAGCAUCUUUAAUAUUUGUUUUUAAUUCUCUGUUAUAGUAACAAAACAAACAACCAAGCAAAGCCGCCCUCACACCGCAGCUUCAUUGAUUUAAAAUUUGCGCCACAGAUUAAGCAAUAAAAAACCUUAAGUGGCUAUCAAACCUCUUUCCUUGAGGAUAAAUCUCUCUCAGCAUCAAACACCUGGACGUUGCAGAGGAUUCUGUGGUAUUGCUUACUUUAUUUAAUUAUUCUAUCAUUUCAGAGCCAAUGUUUCUAUAAAAUGCAUUCAAAGGGCAAGGUAGGGUGCUGGUCACAGGCCUUUGGGGCCUCAGUACUGAACUGGACUUAUUCUGGAGUAGACAAGUGUGCGAUUGCUCUGUUAGUUGACUGCAUAGUCCUUUAAAAAGCAGGUCACACAACUUAGCUGAAUUGUAUAUUGUGUUCUCAUCAGAGCAACGGAGGCAUUGAAUUUGUAGAUUAUUCUCCAGUGAUAUGCAGAAGAGCUGAGAAAGGGAAGUACUUAAACGUUUCCCGAUGGUGUCCCCCCCCCAAAAAAAAAUUCACACCCACAUACCAGACAGCUGCUUUCAUACCCACGGGGGAAAAGAUACCUAGGCCCACAUAUCUCUUCCUCUCAGAGGAGAAAAACAGUUUGAGGAUAUUUAAUGCACAAACAGCCGGGGAGGGAGUUAGUGAUUUCUUCUCCUGCCUCUAUUCCAAUGAAAUUUGGAGCCCUGCCAGCUGCAUUACAUAAUUUUUUAAAAGCCGACCAGGAGACACUUCAUAGACCUCCCAGAUUGCAUCUACUGAAUUUUUCGCUCCAUAAGACGCACUUUUUCCCUCUUAAAAUCUAAGGGGAAAUGUCUGUGCAUCUUAUGGAGCGAAUGUGUGGUCCCUGGGGCUGGGGGGGGGACCCAGGCUUCCCUCGCCAGCCCCGAAAAGCUCCCCGACCUGCUCUUUGGGGCUGGCGGUGGGGGAACGCUGGGCUUCCCCCGCCAGCCCCGACAAGCUCCUGAGCAGCUCUGGGGUAGCCCGCGAAGCCUCCACAGGGCAGCGGGGAGCCUUCAUCCCACUGCCCUGCGGAGGCUUCGCACGGCUAUCCCUGGCUUUUGCGGGAGGUGGGGGAAGGGACAGAGUGAAGCUCUCUCACUUCCCCCACCUCCCGCAAAAGCCCCCAAAAGCUGCAAUUUUUUUUCUUGAAUUCCCCCCCCCCCUCAAAAAAAAAAUGUAGGUGCGCCUUAUGGUCAGGUGCGCCUUAUUGAGUGAAAAAUACAGUAGUUUGGCCCAGAGUGCCUGCAGAGGUGCUGCUUCUCCUUGGAGCUGUGAGGUGAUCCUUGCAGAUCUACAGGUACAAGUCCUGGCUCAAAGUAAUCCCCCUUCUGUUUUGAUGUCUGGUUAGGCCAGCCCUUGCGUGGGUUCCCCAUCCCAUCUCAUCCACAGAGCUUUUGUGGCUGUGGAAGCAUCCCACAAAAAAGGCCUUGUGAUAUAGAAGCACCUUUCUGACUGUUUUGCCUCCCGCUCUUUUCGCUACCAGGCACUUCCCCAAAAACUACUACAGGCUGAGGUUCAAGGUGCCCGGCACCAAUGCCACUGUUUCCAUUGUCAUGAUCGACACGGUGACUAUCUGCGGCAAUUCGGAUGACUUCCAAAAUGAGCAGCCCCUGCACCCACAGGAACUGGGCGCGGCCCGCUCCCAGAUGUCCUGGCUCCGCAAACAGCUGGCCAACUCUCAGGAUGACUACUUGUUGGUGGCUGGGCACUACCCAGUGUGGUCGGUGGGGAAGCACGGCCCAACGACAUGCUUGGUGAAGCAUCUGCAGCCGCUGCUGCUGAAAUACAAGGCCACAGCCUACUUGUGCGGCCAUGAUCACAACCUGCAGGUGAGCCAAGGAAGAGAGAGCCCCAUCAUCCUUGCUUAGAACUUUGCUCUUGCACACUUCCUAUAAAGACGAUGCCCCUUGUGGUAGAAAGUGGUAUAUUUGGGCCUGGGUCUUGGGCUUCCUUUGUUGUUGUUUAGUCGUGUCCGACUCUUUGUGACCCCAUGGACCAGAGCACGCCAGGCACUUCUGUCUUCCACUGCCUCCCGCAGUUUGGUCAAACUCAUGCUGGUAGCUUCAAGAACACUGUCCAACCAUCUCGUCCUCUGUCGUCCCCUUCUCCUUGUGCCCUCCAUCUUUCCCAACAUCAGGGUCUUUUCCAGGAGUCUUCUCUUCUCAUGAGGUGGCUAAAGUAUUGGAGCCUCAGCUUCAGGAUCUGUCCUUCCAGUGAGCACUCAGGGCUGAUUUCCUUCAGAAUGGAGAGGUUUGAUCUUCUUGCAGUCCAUGGGACUCUCAAGAGUCUCCUCCAGCACCAUAAUUCAAAAGCAUCAAUUCUUCGGUGAUCAGCCUUCUUUAUGGUCCAGCUCUGUUUCCCACCUGUAAAAGAGGGGAAGAAUAAUGAUCUUGCUGCAGGAAUGAGUGAGAAAAUACACACUAAACGAGCCACAAGUGCUAUUGAAAAGUGUGAGAAGGAAGUUCUUAGUUCAUGACCUGUGACUGUUGGGGUGUUGCUCUUGGUUUACGGCCUUAUUCCCCCUUCCUCCAAUUUCUGCCUCAUAAUGCUAUCCUAACACCUGCCUUUUGCUUUUCAUUGCACACUGGGAGAGCUGGUAGAAGUGGGGAAGCAGAUGGGCUCCUUCGCUAACUUUCCAUCCCAUGUCUUGUGUCUCUUCACCAGCACUUCCCUUUGACCACUGACCCUUGCGCCAUGAGCGCCUCUCCUGCUGCCACCUGACGUACCCUUUCCUCAACCUCUCUCGUCUUUUCCAUUCCUUUCCUUCUCCCAACUUGGUAUGUCUGGCACAGGGAGCAAGUCCCUCUGGAGAGGAACUGUGCCAUUUGAUGGUCUGUGUAGAAAUUGAGCGCUAAACAUAAAAAUGUGCCCCUACAGCCCUGUCUCUUCCUAUCUGGCAGCCUAUCUUGAACAUACUUUGUCAUCAUUAUUGUUGAUUGUUUGAAAUCUUAUGCUGCUUUUCAUUCAAAUGAAUCCCAAAGCAGCUUAUAAACAAUAAAUAACAAUAACAAAAUAGAGCAUAAUAGAAUAUCACAAGUACUACAUAAAUCAUACAAGAUCAUUACAACUAUUGCACCCCACUGCCUUUCCUUCUUGGAGCAACACUGAGCUUCAGCAAUACUGAGCUUCUCACAAUCGUUCCAUGGGCUGGAAGUUGUACUCCUGUCUCUUAAAUAAAAGUCUGUCACAUAUACAGUGGUACCUUGGUUCUUGAACUUAAUCCAUUCUGGGAGUCCAUUGGACUCCUGAAACCGUUCGAAGACCAAGGCACGACUUCCGAUUAGCUGCACUCAAGCAGAAGCCGCGUUGGACGUUCGGCUUCUGAAAAACGUUCGCAAAUGGGAGCUGAUUUAUUCAACAACUAAGUCGUUUGAGAACCAAGGUACCACUGUAAUGUUUUCCCGACAUGCAUGGGUGGGGGGAUAGCUAGGCAACAACAUGAUGGCUUGAGACACCCAAAAGUUAUGCGACGGUGAUACUGGUUUGAGCCUGUUCCUCCCUUUCUCCAACAGUACCUCCAGGACAAAACUGGCUUGGGCUAUGUCCUAAGUGGAGCGGGGAACUUCAUGGAUGACAACAAGCAACACCUUCACGAGGUCCCUGCUGGAUACCUGCGCUUCUUCUAUGGCCACGCCUCUUCUCAAGGGGGCUUUGCCUACAUUGAGAUUAAUGCCAAAGAGAUGAGCAUUACCUACAUUGAGGGCAAAGGCAAGUCUCUCUACAAGACCUCGCUGCCCAGGCGGAGACGUUUCUGAAGAUGAGACAACAGUCAGCAUUGGCCUUGUAGGGGCACAGUUGGCCUCUCUGACACACACAAACACAGCACGCCUUCCUCCUAGGGCUGAGAACUGGCAUUUGUGGGGAGUGUAGCCAUCGAGAGAGCUCUAAGAUCUCCUGUUUGUGAGGCACUCCUACUGUUCUGCACACCUCAAAAGACCCACCUGUACAUAACCGGUCGUGGUUAUGUAGUUCCACCUUCCUCUCAGUAGAACCUAAUCUCUUCUGCAUCCAAAGCCUUCCUUUCUGAAUGCUGCCUCUGAAUCCUCGUAUGUGGCUCCUGCCCAGAUAUUGAUAACGUACCAAAUCCAGAGUCAUCACUGGUCCAGCUUAAUCGCCACCUGGCUGGUGGCUACUACGAGCCUUUGUCAUAGGUGUUAGGUAAACGUCAUAGGUGCUAAAUUUUCGGCAUUUCAAAAUUUGCAAGAAUGGAGGAACAACCCAUAGCGGGCAAGGGUCAGAGAUCUGCUCAGCUUAAAUGAAAUCCAUACCCUUGCUCCUGGCCUUUGUUCCAACUGCAGGAUGAGGCCUCCAUGCAGUCUUGCUAUGCCCAUUGCUGCUUCCAGGGGGCAAAAUGAGAAGGGAAGAAUGUACAAUUGCCACUUAACCAGCCCCAGAGCCAUUACAAGCUGCCUAUCACACAAACACAUGAGAGGUAGAAGAACCAGACAACUGAGUAGUCCUAAUUCAUUCCUCUCCUAGUACAAAAAAAGAAGAAAAAGCAGGGACUGUUCCCUCACUUACUAUAUAGCCUACUCCUGCAGCAUGGUGUCUGUAGCUGCCAUGAACUUUCAGAAUUAUCUCAAAGAAGAAUGAACUUUUGCCUACUUAAGAUCACCAUUCUGAAACUAUCUGCUGGCUCAUCUGUUUCAGGUGUAAACAGUGGGACUCAGCUAGCUGUUUAGGGUUGGGGCUGAAAAAUAACUUUGCUCUGAGCAGCACCCAGUGAAGCCGGGAAGUGUUUGGAUGCAGAUGACAUUUGGAUCUUUCCCCUUUAACUUUUCAAGUACAUGAUCCUCCUCUAUGCACCUCUUAUGUAGAAAUUCUGUACCACACAGGCGAGGCUUUGCAGCAGGAGUUUUCCUCCUGUUGACAAACAGCUCCUGUGGAUCGGGAGAUGGUGGCAAUUAGGAAAGUGGGGGUAUGCAGAACACCCAGACUUAAGGUCCUCACUUUAGUAAUUUUAUUGCCCAGCCCCAUGUCCUUUCAAGACAGUGGACUUCAUGAUUCAGUCGUUCAUCCUAUCCUGGUGAAACAACACUCUUCAAAUGAAGAAUGCAAGUUUUGCUGUGUGCCAAAGGAAGAAGAGCUCUGUCUGCCUUCUAAACAGCCGCUAUUGGAUAAAUAGGUCUCUUCCUUUCUGGAUUUUUCUUCUGACUCUUCUGUUUUGUAUUUGAUUCUGCUCCAGACGUUAGUUGCUGUUAUGCAUUUUAAAGCCAUUCACUUGCCAAGAUGUUUAUCUGCAAGAUCAAUGAUUCUGUGCAACCAGGAUCCAGUUUUAUUCUGUAUAUGGGCUCCUUAGGUUUGGUUGAAGAAAACACAGAAUCUUCUAAUGUUUUCUUCUGACUAGCUUUUCAAUAAAUUACUUUUAAUACUUUUGGCUUUGCCCCCCACCAAACUGAAUUUCAGUAGGGC